CGUAGUAAGAUCAUAGUCUUAUUCGAGAACGAUGAACGGUGAAAAUACAAAUGUUUUGGAAAAAGUUAAUCGUCCAAAAAUUUUAAAAUUUGGUGUCGAACGUAUUUUGUCGAAUGAAUUCUCUUCGAAGAGGACAGUAGUACGUCCAAGUCCAACAUCGAUGGUUCCAUCACAAGAUGUAUUGAGACCACUAGCGGUUCAAUUUUCCACGGUAGCGUGUCCUUGUCCCGGAAGCUGUACCAGUUGUGAUCUUCGUACCUGUUCCGGUUUUCCCUUUAGACAAACUCCGAUCGAAACUCAAGCGAUGAUUAAUUAUCAAAGAAAUAAUACAGAUAAUUUUGGAAAUUUGUAUCGACCAGCUGCUGUCCGAGCAAUUUCAAGAGUGACAACGGCAGCAUCUUCCAAUCUUGGUAAUACUAUGGAAACUAAUACGAGAAGGAAACGAUCGUGGUCCAGAGCUGUGUUUAGUUCUUUGCAAAGGAAGGGUCUUGAAAGGAGAUUCUCUUUGCAAAAGUACAUCACAAAACCUGAUAGAAGACAAUUGGCUGCUACUUUAGGACUCACCGACGCUCAAGUAAAAGUUUGGUUUCAAAAUCGACGAAUGAAAUGGCGACAUACUAAACAAGGAGAAAAUAAUAAUUCGUCGAUCGCUGAUCCAGAUUCGACUCAAAAAGAAAUUCCUCAGAAAAUAUUAGAAGACUCGACGAAAAAUGUCGAAGGAAAAACUAUUCUUUCCGAAGAUGAAGAAGAUAUUGAGAUACAAGUGGACGUAUAAUAAUUGACAGGUUUAUUUUUAGAAUGGAAUGGAAAUUUUUUCUAAUCGUUUUACCCUUAACUAUUAUCAAGGAUGUAUAUUUUUAUCAUUAAUUUAACACGAUCAAAGAUAGAUAGUUUAAACUAUUAAAAAUUGGAUUGAAACAAAAAAAAAAGAAUUAGGUAUAAAUGAACGUUAGAAAAAGUAUGAAAAAAUAAAAUUUUAUUGCAGCCCUCUUUUUUUUAUAUCUAAUUAAAAGUAUUUACAAAUCGGUGUGCUUUUUACACGAGUGAAAAGUGUUAUCUAUCCUCAGGGAGACAUUUUCAAAGUUAAUUCAAAAAUCUCAUCGCUAGAUGUCGCAAUAAUCGAUAUCGAAAAUAUCGAUCGGUAAAAUCACAGUGAAUCAUUCUGUAUAUAAAGUGAUAUUACUUAUCUUCGUCUUGAAGUACAAAAUUGAUUUUCUCUAAUAAAUUGAUCGGUUGGUCAUCUGCAGAUAUCAAACUAUAAAUUGAUUUCUCCUUAGUUUCGAUGAUAAAAUCUUCCAAAACAGUUUUUAACAUGGUAAGAUCAAAGGAACAAUGAUUUAUUCCAAACUCGUAUUUCCCAAAGGAGUUAACCCUACUUCCUUUCGUAAUAAAAUCUAAACGUUUCGUUGCGAUGAAAGAUAUAAAAGAGUAAAAUUGUAUAUAAUUCAUUCCAUGAGAAACUUUCAACAUUAAUUGACAAUGUUCAACCCAAUUAACCAUAUCUUUACAAUCUUCCACUUCUUUCAUAACGGAAGAUAAUUGUUGUUUCAAACUCAGCCAUAUGGUACGUAUAUUACAUCCAUUGAUCCAAUUAUGAUUCACAGAAAUAGUAUCUUCCUAUUGAAUGACACUUGGCUUGUUUUAAAGUAGUCAUAUUUGAUUUGCGUAUCAAAAGAUACUUACCAAAUUCCAGACUUGAUGAUGCCAUCCUGAUGGAAUGAACAUAAUCUCUCCAGCUUCUUGUAUUACAUCAAAACAUUUUAAAUUUUGACUAUCAUACUCUUUAUAUUUAGAAUGAUCCUUAAGAUCUUCAGAAAGUACAUCGUAUACCAAUUGACCGUAUGAAUCACGAAAUUUAUUUUCUUCUUUCGGUGGAAAAAGUAACCAACGUUUUCUACCAACGAUAUUGGCAGACCAGCUAUAUGAAAAAAAUACAUCGGCAUGCAAUGGCGUCCUGUAGGACAAAGUAAAAAAGAUAUAUUGUUUGAAUAAUCUUACGAAUGAGAUAUGCAAAAUGAA